AUGCCGAGCGAGAGACGGGUGCCAGCAAGAUUUGAACGUAGAUUUCCCUCCAGAAUAGUGGAAUAUAAAGGGCCGAUUAUAACUAGGGACGAACACCUUGGUGGGGUAAGAGACGUGGAAGACACCCCGAAACACGAAACCAUGGAGCGAUUCCUCCAUACAUCAGUCCUAUUCACGAAGAAUAGAGUAGCUUCAGCCUACAUCAGUACAGCAUACUGGCCGAACGAUAUUUACUCGACGGUGCGGCGUUCACAAGAAAACGUGCGCGAUGCAACUCUUCGGUUUACCAUUAAAUACGGUGAGCUAGAGGAGAACAUGGAGAGGGAACUGUAUGCCAAGCGGAGACGCCACUGGGAACCAGACGUACAAUUACAGGAGAGCGUGGAGAGGGAGCUGUAUGCCAAACGGAGACGUCAUUGGGAACCAGACGUACAAUUACGUAUGGAGACUAGGAGAACCAACCCAGAGUACGGAAGGAGCGGCAUGACGGCAACUAUCUCCAAAUUAUACAUAGACGAGAUGAAAAACAUGUACCUUGAGGUAAUUUUGAACCAUAAUGAGACAGACCUGCUGAUAUACCACGCACCAGAGAUAGCGCACGGGAAGAGGCAUGAAGGGUUACUAUUUUAUCCCAACCCGGAUAAUACAGGUUAUGAAUUCACGGAGCGAAUGUUGAAGGAAAAGAGGCUGAGCAGGAGCUUAACAGAUGAGGAGUGCUCCAGACGUCGAAGAGCUUUGAAGCUUUUAUGUCAUCUGAAGGGUGAGAGCGAAGAGGACUUGGGGGACCAGGGAACUAUACCACUAGAAGUGGGCUCCAAUACUAAUCCUCAACAGGCUAAGGUCUUAGAACAUCUUAAGGACCAACGGAACCAAGUGAUUUUCGCCCAGGCUCCUGCGGGAACUGGGAAAACUCAUACUAUUGCGUUAUAUCUUUCAGCACUUCUAAAGCAUUUUACUUCCACCGACUUCGUAGCGAUUGGUCUUGUUACCGCACCCACCAACUUGGCUGUCCAGAAUAUCGUUAGAGAGCUUUGUAAAAUCAAUAAAGGAGAGAUUCAUCCGGGAGAAAUCUUAGUAAUGCAAUCACCAUUGGCAGAUCGA